CCUCAGGUUUCCCGAUGUCUAAACCGGACGUUUUAUCGAUAAUGGAAAAUGUAGACGAGCCGUUUGGGCAGGAAAACAAUCAAGCCAGAGCAAGCCGCGUGGAAAUUUCAGAAUGUUGGCCUAGCGGAAGAACAGAAGAACCGAGGUCGUUUGCUCCGCUUGUUGGAAAGAUACCCGAAGACCAAUCCACGUCACAAAACACACAAACCACACUUAUUGUGAAUGAAAUUGAUGACCAAGACAACCAUUGGCGGGAGAAAACAGUCCAUCCAAUCGUUUCCAGUGAGCCGGUAUGCCAGACAGACAGUGGUUCGGUGGAAUAUAGUUUCCCGGCUGAACCAAGCUCACCGGCAUCCCUGCCUCUCUUGGAGAAGACAAGAAGCAGAGAAGAGGACAUUGUGGAGCAAGCAGCGCAAGGUGCAAAGAUUACUGGAACAGGGGAGGAUGUUAGCGCACCAUUGGUUCUUCAUGGGGUUUCUCCAAUGCCAAGCAAUUUUGGUAAACCUGAAAAAGGCGAGGUGGUAGCUUCCAGGCCUCACGGAUGGUCCAACGUUGGCCAUCAAAGCAAGACUAUGGAGACAAGUAGAAGAAAAGAUAACGAACCAGCAGAACAGCCAAACCAGAGGUUCUGGGGUCUCUUUCAGUGCUCCUUCUGCAAUUUUGUUUUUCAGGACCUUUCUGAACUUCUGCAACACCAAGAAACCCAUAAUCAGGAGAAGUUCCAGGGCAUCGGAAAUGAAGUUUCCCGCCCUGAUGCUCAACAGCAACAACAGCCCGUGUUGGAGUGGAGGAGAUACCGCUGCAUAGUGUGCGAUAAAACGUUCUGCAAGCAGUCCUCGCUGGUCACACACUUGCGUAUACAUACUGGUGAGAAACCAUUUUCUUGUCACGUAUGCAGGAGAAAGUUUAACCAGCGUACAAGUCUAACUGUCCACUUACGUACCCACACAGGGGAGGCGCCAUUUCCUUGUAACAAGUGUAACAGAAGCUUUCGACAACAGUCCAAUCUCACCCACCACAUGAAGAGUCAUCAGAGAUCUGAAGACGUUGAUGGAGCUGAGUGGAGUGAAGAGAACACAGCUCCCGGUAUUCCAUUCAUGUAUCUGAUAUCUGAAGCGGACGACAGUAGCAGCGAAGUAUGGGGCAGCAAAGUUCCCUUUAUUAAGGGAGAUAAAGGAGAAGAUCCUGGCUCCUGUAAAAGACCUUAUGUUUGCGGGCAUUGCUUCAAACGAUUUACGCAUCAGUCCAAUCUCAUGGUCCACCAACGCAUCCACACAGGAGACCGAUCUUACCGCUGCCAAGAAUGUGGCAAACAUUUCACCAGACGGACCAGCUUGAUGGUCCAUCUCCGGGGCCAUACAGGAGAAAUGCCUUACUCGUGUGUACAGUGUGGAAAGAGUUUUCGCCAACAGUCGAACCUCCUCUACCAUAUGAAAAGUCAUGUAAUGCCAAUUGAACCUAAAGAGGACCCCUCUGCAGAGCAUGAACAGAAGCUCUCCGGGCAGCUAAUAGGGCCAUCUGGACAGUAUGUAGAGCGAGAGAAUCCCCAAUUAUUAAAUAGUGGUGGAGGGAGAAUUGAAGAAAGCCAAGUUAGAGCCUUUCAGUGUACUCAAUGUGCAAAAUGGUUCCCAAGUUCGCACAGCCUUCUGCUGCACCAAAAGCUUCAUGUGGACCAACCUAGCACUGUCAUGCAUCGUAGAGAAAUACAGGUCCCGUGUCCCAUUAAUAGGGGCCUUCCACAUACAUACACUGAAAACUUGCUGUUAUCUCGCCAAGAACACGAAGGUUACCCACUGCAACCAUUCAAGCUAUCACCCCGAACAGAGGGCAACAGUGCCGUGGGGACACUGAACAGUCUAGAAUCUAACCUUAUUCCUCAGCCAGGUCAUAGCUCUGGUUUCCAGAGAGUCGCGAGUCACAGUUCAGAGGGAACAUCUGUUAAAGGGCCUUACCAUGUUCUAGGAAGAGGAAGACCAAGAAAAAUAAGCUUGCUAGGGCAGGGCCAUGGUCAGAUGGGAGCAUUCUUGGGUGCGAAAUCCAUACACAAGUGUUGGAAGUGCCCUCGUUAUUUCAACAACAAAUCAAAUUUAAUCGUUCACUUGCGUAUUCAUACCGGGGAGAAGCCUUUUCAGUGUUGGCUCUGCGAGAAGAGAUUUCGACAGCAGUCGAAUUUGAUUCAGCACCUCAAGAACCACGAAGAUGUUCUCGGAGACGAUCUUAUACCUCGUCCAAGGAAAAUCUUAAAUAAAGAACAUCCAAAUGGAAAACAUGUUCAGGCUGUAGGCUUGCUUCAGUCUUCAGGCAUGGCCCAGCCUCGUUUAAGUUUCCUUCCUUUCGAUGGAAGCCCCAUGCAUCACAACGGUCAGCUCUACGAGGCACCUCAAACCAUUCAGCUAGGUGAUAUACCAUCUAGUACGGACUGUAUAGCUAACAAUCUAGACCCCAGUGACUCACCAACAUCAGCAGAAAGGACAUACAAGUGCAGCAGCUGCUUUAAAACAUUUAACCACAAAUCCAACCUUUUGGUCCACGAGCGCAUCCACUCAGGAGAUAAAACUUACCGUUGCCUGGAAUGCGGCAAGCACUUUAGCCAGCGCACCAGCCUGAUGGUACAUUUAAGAACUCAUACGGGGGAGAUGCCAUACUCUUGCCUUCAGUGCCGGAGACGUUUCCGGCAGCAGUCUAAUCUACUUUAUCAUAUAAAGACAAACACGGUUCAAGGGCAGCUCAAUUGCACACCAGAGAACAUGCCAAGUUCACCAAUAAUUCCUAGGCUAGAGCCGGCGGUCGAGGCUAGUAUGAGCUCCAACAUGGAGGCUUCCCCUGGGCCUCCACCUACCUGGGUGCAUUUGGAAGCUAGUCCUAAAAAUGAUACCACCUUACUGGAGGUUGGAAAAGCCGAGUACCACUGUCCUGCUUGCGACAAAACAUUCACUCACCAAUCAAAUCUCUUAGUUCACCAGAGGAUCCAUUCCGGAGAGCGUACGUACCACUGCCAUGAGUGCAACCGCCAGUUCAGUCAGCGUACCAGCCUAAUGAUCCACUUGCGUACUCAUACUGGAGAAAUGCCCUAUUCAUGCCAGUGCUGCGGCAAGCGGUUCCGCCAGCAGUCAAACCUUUUGUACCAUUUAAAAAGUCACAUAGGGCAAGGCAUUGCCAUUGAUGAUAGUCAAACCGCAGAGUAUGCCGUGCCCAGGGCAAGAGGCCGACCCCGUAAGACUGAAUCGACCGACACAGCAAGGGAAAAAGGAGUCAUACCCCGCGGCAAGCGUACAUACAAGUGCACCGAAUGCCCCAGGCGCUAUAACCUCAUGUCUAAUCUGGUCGCUCACCAGAAGUCACAUGACCUGCAGCCUUUGUACAGCUGCUUGGAAUGUGGAGACAGCUUCCUCCAUCAGGGUUACCUUUCUGUCCACAAGAAGCAGCACUCCAAGGUUAGCGCUUCUCACCACGGAGUGCAGUUCUGCUGGAGACCAAACCACGAGUUAAUGGAUGCUCGCAGCCCAGGUACAGAGCCUGAGAGAAAUGCUGUCUACACACAGCAGGAUAAGUAGUGACAAAGCAAAAA